AUGAGAGAGGCAAUGAGCUUCUGUGUCUAUCUUUGCUUUGUGCCUGCUGCUCAGGCCGAGGACUCCAUCCGGGAUUGCACGCAUGGAAACAUCGUUACAGACUCACGGCUCCAGGCGCAACCCGGGACCAGGGUCGAUGAUGAGCGGAGACAACCAUCAUUGGAUCAAUUUAGAUGGCAAUAUAGCCUAAGCCCUGAACCUCAGCAGUACACUUUCAGAAUGCCGAACAUAGGAUUUCAGAACCUCCCCUUAAAUAUCUACAUCGUUGUGUUUGGAACCGCCAUAUUUGUCUUCAUCCUCAGCCUCCUCUUCUGCUGCUAUCUAAUCAGAUUACGGCAUCAGGCACACAAGGAGCUGUAUGCUUACAAGCAGGUUAUACAGAAGGAAAAAGUAAAAGAGCUAAAUUUACAUGAGAUAUGUGCAGUGUGCUUAGAGGAGUUCAAACAGAAGGAUGAGCUGGGAAUCUGCCCCUGCAAGCACGCCUUUCACAGGAAGUGCCUCAUUAAGUGGUUGGAGGUGCGGAAGGUGUGCCCCCUGUGCAACAUGCCCGUCCUCCAGUUGGCACAGCAGCAGGGAACCACAGAGCCCCAAGGCCCGACGCAGCAGCCGCUGCCUGGCAUGGACAACCCGGUAUAGCGCCCCCCGGAGGUUACAGCCUUACUCAGCCUCACACACUCACCUGUACAGGAGCACUUGGAUGUGACUAUGGACACACAAACUGGUGUUACUAUGCAGAGACUCACAACACUUGAACCUAGUAGUCUGCUUUUUCUUCUCAUUCUCUGCCUUGGUGGGCUCACAAAGACUUUUUUUUAUCUGAAACUGUUGCAGUUCUGAAUUUUUUUUUGUGAACAAUGAAGAGUAAUGCUGUUUUCUCACUGGCCAAGCCAUGGUCACAUGACUGUUUCAUAACCAAAGCACUUUUAUGGGGGCAGUAGCACAAGAAAAAAAAGUGUCAAAACUGUAAAUGUCUGAAAUAACACAUGCUUUAUAGGAACCCAACCCUAUUGGCCUUUUAAGGUUGUGUCAAUAUCAUAUUUUAUAGUAUUUGUAAUAUGUCUUAUUUUAUUGUCAUUUUGUUUCAUGUUGAACCACAAGGCACUUAAAAUAGUAAAAUGUUUAAAAGGGACUGCUUUUCCGAGGAGGAAUAGGAGACAUUAAGUGGGAUAUUAAGCAGGUGGCAGAGAGAGAAAGGGCCUCGUUUUGGGACACAAUAUAUUUGGGUUCAGAGCAACAAGAAAUUGAGACUCUAUUUGCAUCCAGUCAUGUUUAUCUGUCAGGCGGCGACCUGCUAAUGUGAACAAGGAUUAAGCGCUGAUCGUAUUGUGUCGGUGCUGUCCAUUAGCACUGGGCUGUGGAGGUCCUUUGCCACUACGAAACGCUGCCUGAGUCCUUCUCUGAUAUGAGGACUGCUCGCAUUACCCCUCUCCAUCAUCUGAAAAGCUCUAGCCGAGUUCCCAUUUCAGUCAGCGUGCGUUUCUAAACGGCAGCCAUCGCUCACAGCAUACUGUGAGGCAGGGGUAAUAUUGCUCCCAAUGGGGCCGCGUGUUUAGCACGUAAUGCAAGUGGAAGGCAUGGGGCCAGGCAACAGUGCUAAGCACACAGCAGGCUGCCACUUACAGAUCAGUUUUCACAAUCAGGUAAACAUUUUCUGGCAGGCGUUUGUUUUCUUUCUUUGAUAAUUGUUGGAGAAGGGAGAAAAAUAUUUUGUAUCCGUAUCACACUGCCUUUUAACAUAGUUAUGUCUAAUUUGAUAUUUCCUACUCGGUAGGUCACCUAUUUCCUGAAGAAAAGAGUAGAGCUUACUAAAUACUAAUUUCCUGUGUAAUUGUGGAAUCUGUGACUGUUUCCUGCUUGUACAUCAACAUGCAUGGGCAACCACUUCCUGCACAGAGCCAUGCAGGAAAUGGGGAUAUACGACACCUCCAGCCCUCAAGAGGCUCGCGGCAGUGAUUGUGUAAGAGCUAGUAAACGGCCUUAUCUUAUUUAUGUUACUAAAGAAAGUGAAUCCAAAAUAAGAACAUGCACACUUACAGUCUCAUGGUUUCAGGUUUCAGGUUGGAAAAGGCAGUUAAAGGUAGAAGGACUGCUUCACUGUUUCACUUUCAAAUACUCUCCUGAAAAUCAUUUUUUUCAGAGGAUUGUUUCAUUUUUAAUGGCAAUGAUAGUAUUAUGACACAGCGUAAAAAUGGUCAAAUAUUAACAUCCGAGUGGGAGAUUUUUAAAAUAAGAAAAUGAUGAGCUUUUAUUCCUACUAAUCCUGGAAAUAUAUCUUGAUGUGAAACCCUCAGCUAGAAAAAUAUUUUGGAAGUAUUUUUUCUACCAAGUGUACCAGUUAAUUUGUCUAAAUCCGCAAUUAUUUAAAGAAAGGGAACAAACAUUUUUGUUUGAGGGUAGCUUCUUUUACGGCCAAUCUGCUCUGGGUAGAACAUUUGAUAAAAACCCAGAGUUGGAUUUUCAUGCCAGAACAUCUCCCAUUAGUUAUGACACUAUGCAAGACAAGAAGUGUAUAUAUGUUUUUUUUUUUUCUACAGUAUCACAUAUCUUGUCAGACAGGUGUCUUCCUUCUGUUGGUGGUGUUUUAACAUGAAAAAGACAUAUCUUAAUUCGGUGAUCAGGCUUUUAAUUUCUUUUUUUCCAAAAAUCACAAUGGCAGGGAUAGAACAAAGUUAUACCAAUGUAUAUUAGUAGCUGUUUCCUCCAGUGUAAUAUGUUGUCAUUUGUCAGCCACUGGGCUGUUCAGUAGAGCCAACAGAGCAGCCCCUGUCCAAAUGUAGUGUGUAAUUUAAAGUAAUGCAAUUACAAGUAUUACACGUAUUCAGUACCUUCACAAUUUGAUUUGAGAACAAAGACAGAGAGUUGCUUAGACAACGUUAAGGGCUGACUGCGGGGGCGUCGCUGUAGGUUGAGCAGCAGUCUCUGUGUACCCUGACACACUGGCUCUAACGACCUUGAACCAGACGGCGGGGUUGUUGACAUCUGUGGCCAGCGUGCAGACGUGACUGUGGUCAGCAGGUUGCAAUGAGGUGGCACUUUUCUACAGUGACUGGGGAGGCCGUUUCACCCAUCAAUCUGCCAUGUUCCCUUCACGGCUCAGUCCUGUUCCUGCCAGUCCUCCUCACUUUCCCUCUUCCUGCCAGUCUCUUCUUCCCCUCUAUCCCUCACAUCAGAAUGUCAUUUUUUUUUUAAAUAUGAGAUCUGCCUCGCAGAGCAUACGUGGUGAGAAUCCCACAUGCAGGGUUUAUCAGUACAAGAAGAACCAAGAGAAGGAAGCCACAGCUGGUGCCAUAAUGCUGUGGCUGAGAAUGACAGCUGUUUUGUCUUUCGGCACGAAUAAGCUGACUGACAAUGUGAAAAUAUACUGGGAAAUAACUAGUCACUGCUUCAGCCGGUGAUGGAAAAUGAUGUGUGCAACAGCAUGGAUGUUACAUUGUUACAUCUUUUACUUCUCACGUGCAAGUGUGGAGCUGCUCUUAAUACUGGAAGGCUUCCUUCCAGCAGCAAAUACGUUGCUACUGCAUAGCACUUACAUGCUUCCUUUUAAGUAUUACAGACAGAAUGAACACUUAUCUUCCCAAAUGAUUUACUCCAGUGGUGGUAGUACUCUGAUAUUUGAAUGCUGUGUAAGGGAUACCCUUCUCUUUUCUGUAAGUACAGAGGGAGGGGUGCAAGUGCAGAGUUACUCAUGUAAAUGUUACAGUUGGGAAAAAGGAAUCUGUACAGUUGUCUAUGUUCCUUCUGUCCCCUAAACGGUAUGUUGUUAAUGAUCAAUGUUUGUACCUCCUAAUAUUGUCGUUUUGUUUUCGAUAUGCUGCUGCUGUCAGAGAGGUGGGAAUGUGCUCAUGCUUUCCUUGUAUACGGUGUGGGUUUUAAUGACCGGCAUAGGAGAGUCUCAGAUAAAGUGCUUCAUUAAUGUAACUGUGAAGGAUGAUCCUCUUCAGUAAUUAAUCAGUCAGUCCUUAUUCUGUGUUUUUAAUUGUUUGGAUUCUAUUAUUUUCUGUCAAGAAAAGAAACAAAGACCAGAAUGUUCCAAAUAUAACUCAUUUGAUUAAUGCAUUUGGGCGUAUAAAGUUAGUUUCAAGUACCUAAAGGAAGUUCAGAAGUUCAGAAGCCGAUUGUACAAACAACAUCAGCAUUGAUUUGAUGAUGAAUGACCCUGAGAGCAACAGUCUCGCAGCAUGCGUUGGUGCUAAAAGGUGCGGUUUCUGCCUUAACGUGUUCAAGGUUCACUGCCUCUCCGAUUACUCCGUCGCGUCCUUUUACACAGUGCCAAGUGUCCGUCUUUAGCCCUCCACCCUCACCGUCGGACGAACUGGGGUACACACUGCCUCCACCCCAGACCCCUGUGUACGAAAUCCCGCCCCACCCUCUGUACCAGUGUAUCACUCAUGACCUCUGUGCACCCCCACAGACUCCAGGUCACAGACGUGUUUGUAAAACUAAGAUUUCUGCAGCAGAAUAUUU